GACCUUCCCGAAUCAAUAACAAAAAAAAAACAUAAAUUUAAUAAAAAAAAGCAAUCGGAGAAAUGGCAAGCACGGUGAUGACAACACUGUCACUGCCUCAGUUCAAUGGUCUGAGACCAAACAGGAUCUCUGCAUGUCCGGUCCAAGGCCUGGUAACAGUUCAACCAAUGGGACGCAAGGGAAACGGCGCUUUGGGCGCAAGAUGUGACUUCAUUGGUUCACCCACAAAUUUGAUAAUGGUGACGUCGACGAGCCUGAUGCUGUUCGCCGGGAGAUUCGGGCUUGCUCCGUCUGCCAAUAGGAAAGCGACAGCUGGACUAAAACUCGAGGGACGUGACUCGGGCCUUCAAACGGGUGACCCGGCCGGGUUCACACUCGCUGACACGUUGGCAUGUGGGACCGUCGGACACAUCAUCGGGGUCGGGGUCGUUCUCGGUCUUAAAAACAUCGGUGCUCUGUAAUUAUUCAUUAUAAUGUUCUUUUAUAAAAACUCUAUGGAAUGUAAUUUAUCUUUCAUGUUAAUUUUUUUUAGAUU